AUGGACAAGUCACACCGUGCAUCCUCAUCCUCAUUCUUAUUGCCAGACAGCCCGCCUCCGGAGAGGGAACUCAACUUCUGGGAGCAGCAGAAGCAGCAGAAGAAGCAGCAGAAAAGCCUCAGCUCAGCUGCCACCUCUGCUGCUACAGCUGUUGCCUCCACCUCUGGCGCCCCCUCCUCCUCCUCAGCCUCAGAUCCCUUGAAGAAACAAGGGAUCUUUGUUCAAGAUGAGGAUUCCAGCAUCAUCGUGGGAGACAGCAGCCCUCUCCCGCAAGCUACUUGGGCACCACGCCGAGCAGCGCUCACAUCGGUACCCGCCCCCAAGCAGUCUGUCAAGAGGAGGCUGUUUGUCGACGACGACGAUGAGGAGCCUGGCGUCCUCACUCAAUCAAAGAAACGUGCGGUGGAAGAGGAUGAGGAGGACAGCUCCAUAAUGACGUUGUUACAGCAGGAGGAGGAUGAAAUUCUCCCCGAGGAGCACUUCCUCACCGUCAUCAAUAGGUACGCCCCGAAACCCUGGACUCCUCUAAGAGAGUUGAUGGAGGGUACACCUUACCCUAUUGAGGACGUGAGGGAGGUCUGCAAUCAACAUGGACAUCGCGUGCUCAAGAUCCGGCUGUCAGGCAAACGCAUGGAGCAGCAGACAGUCAUAGAAAAAAUCAAACGCCUGUGUGCAGACUCAAGGCUGGGACAUAUAACCACAUCGAGCCCACGCCAAUGUACAGCUGAGCUAAGCCCACAACACGGUAAUGGCGGUGGGAGAGCACACAUAUCCGGGCGACAGCAGUGUCUCAGUUCUGUAGUGCUACUGCGGUCUGAUAUCUGA